AUGUUAAGAAUCCCUGUACACACCAAGCUGAAAAGUCGCGCAAGACGGUCUCUGGACUGUCUUGCGAUUGUUUCGCAACUGUCGCGCAACAUUCGAGCGACACAAACACAUCAAUAUAUCAGUCCAGGAGUAAUGUCGCCUUUUCUCCGAAGUGGACUGUUGCGCGACUUAGCAUCCGAGAGUGUACAAGAUUUUAGUUUAAUUGGCCAGGAUUCGCAGAGGGUGGAACAGGUCCACACAACUCAGGCGACGUGCCACGUGGCCCUCGAGAAGUGCCAAGCGGACAGGGACUGCCGCCCCUACCUCGACAGGGUGAUGGUGUGGUGUGAUCACGCCCACUGCGAGCCAGACCGUUGCAGAUCCGCCCUUCAAGAGUUCUAUGAGCGCGUGAGCAUCGUCAGGAGGCUCCAGGUCGCCUUCUGUGUCUGCAGGCAAAAUGACCCCGACGGAGAGUGCCUGACUGCCAUGCGGAAGCUCCACCCGACUUGCGCUGAACGUCAUGCAGGAAGAGGGUCGGCCAAGUGCCAUGUGGUCGCCGAGCAAUGCCGGACUAAUCGCGCCUGCAGAGGGAAGCUUGAGGAGUACGAACAAAAGUGCGCAGCGGACGCCAUGACAGGCCGGUGUUCAGACACUCACCGCAACUGUCAGCAAGCAGUCAUGAACAUCUUGGGCACGGAGCUUCAUGCCACCUGCGUCUGCAAGGGCACAGACUUCAUCCACCAGCAUGAUUGCUACACAUGGCAGAAACUGCUCUGGUCGAACCCCUGCGUCAUCGAGUCCCACAUCAAGCUUCACGAGGAGAUCGCGGCCGGGGACACCGAGGAGCUGGACAAGAUCUUCCAGCGGCCGCCCACCGUGCGGACGACGAUUCCGCCGAAGUCGCCGUUCCUACCGCCGACUUCCGAGGACGACGACCGCCGCCUGAGGCCUGUCGACAGCAACUACGGCACCGUCAUCUACAGCCCCGACGAGGACAUGAUCGCGCCCCCGUCGCAGAUCUACAGCCUGGACAUCAUGGAGGGCUCGGAGAACGGCCGGAAUCACUACCCGACCAGACCCGAAACCAAGUGGGGAAACACGGUUCGCAGGCCGGGCUGGACAAAACAGGAACUUGGGCACGUCACUUUCGGCGGGACCCGAGACCCCAGCGGUGGAGGUAUGUACCCUGACCAGCGCGUACCGCCCUAUGGAGGCGUCGGCAUCCCCCACCGGGGCACGCCCAUCCCGAGGGAGGAUACCAAGAAUCUCCCGCCGAUUGUGCAGCCGAUGCCAGGCAGGCCGGGCAAAUACAGGCCCACCUACCCCGGGCCGGAGCCGGAGCAGAUCACGCGCCAGCCUUACAUCCCUCCGGAGAGACACGGCCACCAGCGCCCUUACGACCCCAUCGGCCCCCACAUCAUCACGCCCACUCCGCCCACCCCGCCCGCGCCCACGAGCAUCACUUCGACUACAACCCUUGGCACGACAACUCUACCUCAACGCACUUGCACUAUCAAGAACAUGGAAAACGAGCGCAUGACGACGCUGCGGAUCCCGGAGGGCGGCAGCAGGCGGUUAUACACACGACUCCAGAGAAAACGUCUCUAUACAAAGACAAGGACUGCUCGGAACUCUGCCAUUGCCGAAGCAGCGAAUUCGCGCCAUGGAGACCCGGAGGCCACGUGCUUUACCCUGACGUGCGUUAACACCUCAUCUUGCCUCACAGAGCAUGCAACCUUCCUGCACACGAUGCCGCACUACCUGGCUUACAGAGGCAACUGCGUGUGCUAUGCCGGGAAAUUCAUUUGCCAGAAACCCGAGCCAGACUCGUACAACCUGCAGCCGGGCAUCUACCUCUUCCUUGGAUACAGCCAGGGCGAGAUGGAGAUUCUGAAGCCAUACACGGAGAGCACGGAGCUGGAGGCCCUCGAGCAGAUGAAAGAAGUCCUUGCGAGAGACUAUGGAUUCAAGUGCAACCUGACAACCAAACACCACAUCGGAGAGAAUUUCAUCGUGGUAGCUAAGCUGAUGGUUAGCCCUGACACAUACAUGAGCCCGUUUGUCAAGCAGCGCAGAGAGAGGGAGGAGUGCGCUGGCCCGCUGCAGAAGCUGGCGGACAAGAUCAACAUGCGCCACGUGGACAUCCUCACCGACGCCUACCUCUCCAUGUUCAUCUUGGCCGACGUCGACGUGAGCAUCCCCGAGGCCCACACCGCCUCCUCCUCCGCCGAGUUCCUCCGCGUCAGCCCCGGUUCGACCCUAUUCAUGACGCUCCUGACGAUGCUGACGGCUUACGUGUUGACCCUGGGACACCUGGUCGUGCUGGUGGCGCCCGCAAGAGCCUUGCAUACCACCUGACAGUCAUGUUAAGACACUCGUGAGAAAGAUUUUACAGUGUGACACGCACAAACACGCCAAGUUAUUAUCCUGGACUUAACAAACUCUUCAAAACCAUGAUGAAAGAAGCAGCCGUGUCUUGUAACGAGGCAGUCUUUUAAAAGCAUAGUAUUUUUGAUAAGUUCUCUAGAGGACAUAUUAGUCUGUAGUGAGGUGUGUGACAGUGUAUAAUAAUAUUUCAAGUUCAUUUAACCAUACGCUAUAUUUUUACAUCACUUUGUCAGAUCCACAAGUGCUUUGAUCCAGGACUGGAGACGCAGACUGUCUCAAGUAUAGGACUGAGUGCCAAACAUGAUACGACUUCAUAACACGAUAAGCGACGGGAUUUAACGCACGGACGUAACACAUGCUGGUGACGGGACAUGAGUUUCCUGCUGAAAGUGACAGGGCUGCGCGACAAACCCGUUCGAGCGGAGAGUCGCGGGUUGUCUUCGCGUUCUCUCAGUCCGGAGGAAGGUUGGACGAUAUUUAUCCUGGAAAAGAGGCAAAGCAAAGAAACAAAAGGAAUGGGCAAAGAGUGACUAUCUUUUGUAGGAUGAGUUACUCCAUCCUCCUAGUUCGGAAGUCAGCAAGAGAAACGCCGCUGAAUGGCUAAGAGGACGGUAGAUAUGUGUUUCUAGAGGAUUGUCUGGCUCGUAAAUCUCUCUCAGUAGAAUUCCCGGAAAGUCCCUUGCUUAAAAGUUCACACCUAAAAAGAAAAGAAAAAUCCACAUUUGCUGAAGCUCCUACCUAACCCCGCCCUCCCUUUCUCCCCUCCUUCCUACCCCCACUCCUUCCCUAGAUAACGUAAGAUUUUUUCCCUCCCUGCAUUACGUCCCGAACUGAAGCCUUCCUUUGCAGUGCACACUACCCGCCGACAACCAGCCAGUCUCCCUCCCCCGCCCCUUGUACCUCAGUGAGAAAGCACCGACGCAGAAGUCCUCCUCGGCUUCCACAAACUUCACAGCCUUUAUCUCUCUGGCGUCCUCCUCCCGUUCCCCUCACCAGCAACAAUUCGUUCGUCCCAGCAGACCCGCGCGGUAAAGUCCUGGGUGAAACUUUCCUAUGAUAUCCUGUACAUGCACAGCUUUUCCCCUGCCGUUGCAGAUUUUUUCGUUUUUGGUUUCUGUUUCCGGGAUUUUGCUUAAACCCAACACUUUUGCUUUUAAAUAUUUGCUGUCUCUCUCCACCUGCAGCGGAUGUCCUGUAUUUUGGACGUGAAAGUGGCACUACUUAUUUCUUUCAACAAUAGAUAACGAUAUGUAUCAGCAAUACCCGGCACUGCUGUUUUAGGCUUUGGCAGUCCUCACUACCUUAUAUACCCUUAUGUAUCGCGGCGAUUGGAACCGAGUCCUUAAAAGAUAAGUUCCUCCUAUUCUCAGAUGGAGUUUUUUUUAUUUUCCUUUCACACCGUCCAUCGAGCUUCGUGGCACACUCACGCCCUUCCAUCCUCUCACCAUCACUGUAAAUCUCUUUUAGCCUUCUUCAUACCUUUGCUCAUAGUCCGUAUGACAGUCGUCAUUAUACUCAACUUCUUUUAUCAUUUAAAAU